AUGUCUGGUAUUCUAUCUCAAGUUCCCAUUGUUAACCGAAUAUUGGGACUCGGGACUAAUUGUCAGGCUAUCAGCUUGCCAUCAGUUGAGGUCCAUGACAUCGAGACAAACCCGGACAAGCGGGCACGAUGUCUAAAACAUCUGUUGAAGGCGAAUCAUGCCAACUACUCAAUCGUUUAUCAUAACCUCCAUUACGACAAUCACAAUGCUCACAUUCUCAGCUCGGCGUAUCUGUUGGGAGCAAGUGUUCCUCAGCUAAAUGAUAUCUACGACCGAGAAAUCCGUGAACUGGAACCUUGGGUACCUUCGCCUGCUGAGAUUGGUGAGGAUGAUUGGCAGGAACUUCGAGGUGACGGGAGGUAUCAGCGGGCUUUUGUGGACUUUUUCGAAGACAAACUCGUCAUGCGAUUCCACUAUGACUGGCAUGAAGAGCUGAGCCAUUACUUGUUCACUGGAGACGAACCUUUGUUUCAUGGUCUCAUCGGUGGUCUCGGACAUCCCCUUAUUCACUUGGGUUAUGCCUUUGAGAUGGAAUGUAAAGAACUUGCCAUGGAGGCUUUAGGACUUGCUUGUGUUCAGUACAACUUCCUCCACAGGUACCUCGAUGACAAGUCGUAUACGAAGAAAGCAUCUUUCACUUCGGCCUCUCCUCUGGACCUUCUCACCAAGCUAUCCAAGGAUAGCCGGUUUGAUACCAUCAGCCCCAGUUCGGAUGACAUGGAAGAGAUCUUCAACAAACACGAAGACAUCAUCCUGGAGUACUGGAACGCAUGGGAGAUCAACGAUCCUCUGAAGCAGUUUGAACUGUCCCAAGAAGCUGCAGCAGCUCUCUUAGUCGCCACAGUCAAGCCAGGCACACAUUCAUUCAACUUUCUGCUUGUGCACCUACUGACAACAAGUCACGCCGUCCGAGUCCUGCUUCCGUUCAUCCCUGAGAAAUACCACAUUACUCUCGUCCGAGAAUGGUGGCUGCUGGUUCUGGGCAUCUUCAUCGUGAAGGCCCGACCUCUUCCUGAUAUGGAUAACGUGGAUAGUGAUCUUAAGCAACGAGGCUGGAAGUAUGUGGAAGACAAGGCACUGAACUCAAAUUGGGCCACCGAUGCUCAUUACGUCAAAGCAAUUCGCGCCUUGAAGGAGGCUUCGAAGACAUGGGGUGAUGUUCACGACCGAUAUCUCCUGGCAGCCUUGACUUUUGUGGACAACUUCCAAGGAUGGACUUACUGA